CUCUGCUAACCUAAGCGAUAUGAUUUACUGACUCAUCCCACAGUAUUUCUCGAUGCAUUGUAACCCGAGCAAAAUCAGAAAUCAGCGUGCAGUGACAAACAGCUCCCUGGAGAUCUGGCUAACACUAUGGACUGUUUAGAAAAUGAGUUCUACAGUAACAGGGGCAACUGCACUCCAUGCAAGCAGUGCCCACCUGGCCUGGAGCUCUCACAGGAGUGUGGUUUUGGGAGUGGAGGCGAUGCGCACUGUGUGAGCUGCAGCCCCUGCUGCUAUAAGGAUGAGUGGGGACACCGGGGCUGUAAGCGCUGCCAGUCCUGCAAGCUCAUUUACAGACUGCAGAUAUCCAACUGCACAGCCGAGAGGAACGCUGUGUGUGGAGAAUGCCUGCCAGGGUUUUACAGUAAAGCGAGGAUUGGUGGACAGCAGGAUGUGCAAUGCAUCCCCUGUACUGGUCAGACUCCACCCAGCGAACUUCAAUGCAGUACACGAGUUCAGAUCAUGAAGGUUUCGGGUUCAGCAGCACCCCCUCCUGACACGGCCGUAGCUGCUGUUGUUUGCAGUGCACUUGUUACCGUGGCGAUUGUUGUGAUGAUUCUGUCAUUUCUGUACUGUAGAUGCACCUCCGUUGGGAGCUGUGUUCAAGCGUUUCUGAGGUCCUGUAAUGCUGAUUGGAGUGAGCGCGGUGAAGCUGUUGCUACUGAUGAACCCAGAGAGACUGUGAUGCAGAAUGCAGCUGGGGAGCUCAGCCCUGGGGCCAAGGACACACUGGAGCCCACAGGCCAGCCUGUGGACGACUCCCCUGCCAGUUUGAGGUCCUGCAUGGAGGCGUGUGCAUUCCCAGGGAACCCUGCCAAGACCGUAGAGCCCAAGCCCCAGUGUGUGAGCAGCUUAUCAGAAACCCAGCCGCUGAUCAGAGACUCCACCUGCAGCACCUGCUCGUCGGGGAGCUCCUCCAGCUCCAGGAACAGUGCCGAGCACUCCCCAGAGCAGCCCCAAGAGGCAGCAUCACUCAAUGGGUACUGUGCAUUGGAGCAGGAUGGGAGAAGACGGCAUGCUCCUGUGGAGUGUACUGAGUUAGACUUCCAGGGCUGUGCUGCUCGUUCUGAAGAAACCAGGGCUGGAGACACAGCAGGACAAGCCCAGCCAGAGGCCCCUUCCGGUGGCAGCCUGCCGGAGAAGGAAAUCAGGGGACCCCCUGCCAACAUUUCCCAAACCACUACCAGCUGCAUGAGAGGUGAGGAGGAAAUCCUCCGCUACAGCUGUGCAAGCGCUUGCCACAUCCCGCAGAACUGCACCAGCAUGGCUUUUGAUGUUCAGAACAUGGUGAGAAAGAGUUGCACAAUCACACAAGGACUUCACUUGGGGCGUCUCCCUCCGGUGCUGGUCGAGUCCCUGUCUCUGAAGCUGGACCCAUCGUUCCCGGGUGUAAAGAACUACAGGCAGCUGGGUCUGGAGCUGGGGGUGCCAGCGGAGGUGAUGGACAGCGUCAUCGGGUUUGAGCAUGUGUUUAGCUACCUGUCCUCCAGCACACUGACCACAGUGCCCGACCUGGUGCACGCCUUCCAUCGCCUGCAGAGGUUCGACGCCUUGUUCCUGCUCUGCGAGUACUCCACUCAGAUCCAACACAAUGUGUGUGCGCAUUAGCCGACCAGAAAGCAAACCCAGGAUGCACUUUCACUGAAGUACUGUCAAACCAAACCCUGCAAUAGUUUUUUUUUUUCUUUCAUUAACAAGAAAUAAGCCGUUGUUUAGUGCUGGGAAUCCAGAUUUAAGAGAAAUUAUGCAUUAGCAUACUACUGCCAAACAAAGCACUUUGGGUCUGGUUUUGCAAGGCUAGUUUAAUUUAAUUAUUAAUUAUUUAUUUCUUAGCAGACGCCCUUAUCCAGGGCGACUUACAAUUGUUACAAGAGAUCACAUUAUUUUUACAUACAAUUACCCAUUAUACAGUUGAGUUUUUACUGGAGCAAUAUAGGUAAAGUACCUUGCUCAAGGGUACAGCAGCUGUGUCCCUCACCAGGAAUUGAACCCACCACCCUCCAGUCAAGAGUCCAGAGCUCUCACCACAACUCCACACUGCUGCCUCAAGGUUACUUUAGGGGUAAGACCAGUUAUAUCGCACUAUACUUAUAUCAAGUAUUUUAUUAUUUUUUUUGUUAACAUUUUCAUCAUCUUUUGAGCUGAUAUUCCGUGUUCAAUCUUUGCAUCAGUUUUCAAUCCGUAAAAAUACUAAAAAGCUAUGAUGAUGCUUCUGUUACAGAUAUCACUGAUUCCUGCUGGCAGGCUUAGGUAAUACCAUAGAAUCCUUGUAACUGCUUGUUGAAACAGAACUGAUCCUCUCGUACAUUGAGGGUUCCAGUUAGUGGACAGUCCCCAGCAGUUUCUCGUAACCGGCUUUGCAAAACCAGGCUGUGUCUUACAAGCUUCAGUUUCCUGUCCCAGUCGGAUCAUUGCCACCAAGAAAGGUGUUGAUAGUAUUGAGGUCUUCAGACCUAGCAGCUCAGGAACAUUUAUACUAAGAGGCGCAACAUUUUGGCAAAUCUCCUCCAAGUGCCACCCCCAACACAAAUACCUUUAGUGUAAACUCUUAGUCCUUGCUGCUGAGUCAGCGCUACUUCUUUGCUCCCUAUUCCUGUAGGGAUAAACUGAUGAGAUAAUUUGGUGUUACUGGAGGCUCACCCGGAAGCUCUCUGGUUUCUCUGAAGGGUGUUAACUGUACAGUAUUUCAAGUGCUCUCCAGCUGGAUCAGUCCUCAACGCCGCAGGCAGCUCUCUCUGCUGCUGGCUCACACUUCGCAUCACACUUCAUCACGACCUGUAAAAGGCCAGGGAGGUUUGUCCAUUUAAGUAUAAUGGCCUGUCAAUGUCUUGCCUGUCCUUGUAUACGCGUGCUGCUUUUGAAACUGCAUUAAAUACUCACAGGACAGUUUGACUGAUGUAAAUGUUGAAUCAUUAGAAUAGGGGGUGUUUAGAUAAGGGAAUAAGCAGACCUCUUGUAAAUGACAUCUUUUUUUAAAAUAGAAUUAGAAUGAAUUGUGUAUUUAAUGGAAGUUAUGUUUAUUUUGUGUCAUUUGACCUUCAAUUUUCAAAGUUUAAUUGAAGGGAUUUACAGCCUCACUUAGUGUAAAGCUACUGUCAAGUUCCAGCACAGAACUGACUCCAUUUCAAGCAGUUUGAGGUGAAUUAGUUGCAGGGUACAGCUAAGACUUGACAGAAGAACCUCAAAAGGAUGCAGAUCACUUCACAGAACUUGAAUUUCAUCCCGACUACUUUGUGGUGAAUUUAAAACAUUUGCAUUUAAUACGAUGAAUUUUGUAUGAGCCAAAAAACCCUAAAUCCAAAAGCAGACAUGCAAUUCAACCAGGGUAUUGGUUUAGUUGAGGUCAAUCAGUAUGUACAGCUGCCUGGUAAGUAAAGGGGACAGUAUUAGACUGAUCAAUUAGCCCUUUUAUUUAGUAUUAAGGGACGCUGAGAGCUUUCUUUUCAUCAGGUGUACAUGGUGUACAUUUCAAUUUCUUUUGCUAAAAAAUCUAAUUGUUAUUUUGCUUGGCAAAGCAAACCAUACAGAAUAAUUUCUCUGCUGUUACAUUGUAUGGCCCUCAAUUGGAUUCAUCAAUAAGUAACUGAUAAAAAGUGUAUUUCUUGUGCCAAGUCUUUAAUGAAUGGUAUGUAAAGGAUUUUUGCUAUACUUUUUUGUACCAUUUUUUUUACACUACUACUGAAUACUUAUUUUUAGACAGUUGCAGCUGCAAAAAAGGGUAAGAUUAUUGCUAUUGUCUUUAAAGUUUUCUUUAGAUUUACAUUAAAGGUUUUUCUCUUUUUUUUGGUAUGUUUGUUUGUAUGGGAUUUUACAUGUGAAACAGCUGUAGUUUUCUUUUCAGUCAUUACUGUGUAAUAUUGACUUUUUGUAUUUUUAUAAAUGUGUUGCUGCAUUGUAAUGCUCUUGUAAAGCAUGUUAAAAUGCUGGAUGAUUGUGUAUGUUUUAAUAAAUAAAAGUCCAGUGCUGUGUUUCUGGGUCUACACUCACACAGCAUGUGGCUUUACAAAGAACAAAAAUAAACCAGGCCUGGUCACGGAACUGUUUAAACAGGAAUCUCCACUAGAUGGCGCUGUAGCAAGCAAAAAAUAUCAGGCAAAGCAAAAAUAAGAGGCUAUUAAAAGAGCAAGGUAAACAACAGUUCACCCAAACAGAUGCUUCUCUCCAAUAAGUACAGUGUAUUUAUUCCUGCUAGUGUAUGAAAGACUCAAGUUGUCCAUUCAUGUUGGUUGACAGUUUAAAGGUAUGGUGUGCUAUUAAAAUCUUACAAAAGUGUACCGCAGUAGAGAACGGUAAAAUCCUUGUGAAAUGUUGUCAAGCCUAUAGUUACAGCAUGGUUAAGCACCUGAGCGAUCAGACUCAUGUUUUUCACUCAACACAUUCAAACAGAAUCUUGCAGGAUAUCUACAUGUAGCUUUGAUCUGAAAAUAAAUCAUUUUAAAUGGUCAGUUUAAAAGAAGGAUAUUUGUUUCUUCCUUCUAAAAGAAACCAAUUCUUUGCUUGUGAAAUAAGAUGCAUUGCUGUGCAGUAUCUACAGAACAAUGAUGUCUGUGCAUACUAAAAGGUUCAGACUCAGAUUUAGGUUGCUGAAAGACUCAGGAGGCUCUGUCCUGGUGGGAAUGACUUUGUCUUUUCAGUCUUUUACAUUCAGUACCAUUCAAUUCCAUUUCCUCCCUGACAGCAAUUCACACAACACUGUACUCUCGUACGCUUGUGGGCCAGUUUUGAGUAUGCUUCCACAAGUGUGAAAACCAAAUUACACUUUGAUUUGAUACAAAAUAAAAUAAAUAAAACACAGCUGGUUUUGAUCAAAUACUGUCAGAUGAUAAGAAAAAGAACUAUAAUCUGACAGAUUAUUAACAGGCAAUACUGUAGAUUCUCACUUUUCGAAAGUAUGUGUUAUGUUGUAAAUGACCUCAA